AUGGUUCUUGAACGAGUGAAACAGCUGGCACAGCAGGUGUCCAACACUGUCUCGCCUCCCCAUCCCCUGGAUCCCCUUUCUUCGCUCGAGAUUGAAGCGGCGGUGACUAUCCUACGUGGCAAAUAUGGCAAACUCUACUACAACGCCGUGACUCUUCUGGAGCCUCCCAAGGCCCAGAUGCUCAAGUGGCUCGCCGAUCCAGAGACGACUCCGAGGCCUCACCGGGUUGCCGACAUCGUGGUCAUCACCACGGACGGCAAGGUCUUUGACGGCAAUGUCGAUCUCACUGAAGGCAAGGUCGUCAGCUGGAAGGAAACCCCUAACGUGCAGCCAUUGAUCACCAUGGAAGACCUCAAUGCCGUCGAACAGACCAUGCGCAAGGAUCCUAAAGUGAUUGAGCAAUGUGGCCUUGUCGGCAUUCCUCCCGAGGAUAUGGACAAGGUGUAUUGUGACCCCUGGACGAUUGGGUACGAUGAGAGAUUUGGCAAUGGAGUCAGACUCCAGCAGGCCUUGAUGUAUUACCGGCCACAUGUGGACGACAACCAGUAUACCUACCCCUUGGAUUUCUGUCCCAUCUACGACUCAAACAAGAGAGAAAUCAUCCAUAUCGAUGUGCCCAAGGUUCGGCGACCACUAAGCAAGGCACCUCCGAACAACUACCAUGUCAAGGACAUUGAGGGAAAUGGUGGCUACCGGACGGACAUCAAGCCCAUCAACAUCACGCAGCCCGAAGGCGUGAGUUUCAAAGUUCAAGGACGGACGAUUGAAUGGCAGAAUUUCUCUGUCCACGUCGGGUUCAAUUACCGUGAAGGUAUUGUACUGAGUAAUAUCACGUAUUUCGACAAGAACGAAAGCAAAGCCCGACCACUUUUCUACAGACUGUCACUGGCGGAAAUGGUGGUGCCGUACGGAAACCCAGAACACCCGCACCAGCGCAAGCACGCUUUCGAUCUUGGAGAGUACGGCGGCGGGUACAUGACGAACUCGCUCAGCCUGGGAUGUGACUGCAAAGGCAGCAUCCACUACAUGGACGCCGAGUUUGUGAACCGGGCGGGGGCGGCGCAGACGAUCAAGAACGCCAUCUGCAUCCACGAGGAAGACAACGGCAUUUUGUUCAAACACAGUGAUUUCCGCGACGAUUCGGUCAUUGUGACCCGCGCCCGCAAGCUGAUCAUCAGCCAAAUCUUCACGGCCGCCAACUACGAGUACUGCGUCUACUGGAUCUUCCAUCAGGACGGCACGAUCCAGCUGGAGAUCAAGCUGACGGGCAUCCUCAACACGUACGCCAUGAACCCCGGCGAGGACACAAAGGGCUGGGGCACCGAGGUGUACCCGGGCGUCAACGCACACAACCACCAGCACCUGUUCUGUCUGCGCGUCGACCCCAACAUCGACGGUGCCAAAAACACCGUGUUUCAAGUCGACGCCGCCCAGGGCCCCGGCGAGCCCGGCUCGCCCGAGAACUACUACGGCAACGCCUUCUACGCCAAAAAGACAAAAUACACAAACCCCGUCGAGGCCAUGGCCGACUACAACGGCAACACUUCGCGCACAUGGGACAUUGCCAACGAAAACAAAAUCAACCCUUACUCGCACAAACCGGUUUCUUACAAGCUCGUCAGCCGCGAGGUCCCGCCUUUGUUGCCAAAGAAGGGCUCGUUGGUCUGGAAACGUGCUGGCUUUGCUCGUCAUGCUGUCCACGUUACAAAGUAUUCCGACGACCAAAUCCACCCAGCUGGCCGUCAUGUGCCCCAAACCUCAGGUGAACCCUCCCAGGGUCUACCGCAGUGGAUCGAGGCGAACCCACGAGAAAAGAUCGACAACGAGGACAUUGUCCUCUGGCACACUUUCGGACUGACCCACUUCCCGGCCCCCGAGGAUUUCCCCGUCAUGCCCGCCGAGCCCAUGACUCUGCUGCUGCGGCCGAGAAACUUCUUCCUCCGCAACCCGGCGCUUGAUGUGCCUCCCAGUUAUGCUCGUACUCCGAGCCAGGUCGCUGCCGGUAAGGCUGGAUGUAGUUGUACCAAGGACAAGGCGAGCGUGGCGGUGUGA